CUGAACAAGGGGCUGCCGCCUGCCUGUGGUGGCCGGCUUCAGGGAAGAGUGGACAGGGCUCUCUGGACCGCACCCGCGCUUCCAGUUCAAGCUGGAGGAGACCAGUGUACAAUAUCCAGUAUAAGACCUUGGAUCUCAGGAAGGAAAGUAGAAGAAGUAUCCAAAGAAAUGGACGCUAGAAAAAAGCACUGGAAGCAGAACAAGCUGGCUCCUUGCUACAGUGAGCACAAUGUUCUAGAAGAGACUUCUCAGCUUCAGGUUUCUUCUGAACAAAUAUCUAUAGACAAGACCAAGAGAAUAGGAAGAAUUGACAAUUUUUCCAGUAGAAAGUUUCAGGAAGGAAAUAAAUUUAAGAGGAAAGAAUAUUCUUCCCAGUUAGAUGAAAAAGGACAAGGCCCAAAUUUAAAAGACGGAAGGCUAAACAUGUCAAAGAAUGUAGCAGACACAAAUUCUGCUUUCUGUAAAUCUUCUAAGAUAGAUGUUACAGCCAAAGAAAGCUUCCACAGAACAGAAGGUCCCUCUACCUGGAGUAAAAAGGAAUUACCCACCCCACCAUGGCAAGGCAUGAGGAAGAAAUGGACCGAAGAAAUAUCUCCAAAACUCCGCCUGCACCUUUUAAAUGAAGAACUGGAAGAACUUAAUAUGAAAUGCAGAGAGAUAGAAAAGGAAUUUGAAAAUGCUGAAAGAGAACUUUUGAACUCCAGAAGAGAAACCUCAACAAAAUCUGUCAAUUUUCAAGAAACAAGGACAGAUACUUCAAAGAAUGACUGGGAACUUCAAGCUUUAAAAAAUGACCUCUCUGAAAAAGCAACAAAUGUAAAAAACUUAACCGAAGAGCUCCAGGAAGCUAAAGAAAUCAUGUACAAGUUGAAUCUGGAGAACAGAAACUUGAAAGACGCGCUUAGGAAGUUGAAGCGUCAAACUGAAGUUGGAAACGCACUCCUCAAAGAAGAAAUGAAGUUAUAUUAUGAGUUGGAAAUGGAAAAGAUCCGCGUGGAGCUGGAUGCCAUCAAGUAUGAGCUGAGAGUUGAGAAGACCCUGCAAGCAAGAAACAGCAGAGCCCUGGAGCUGCUUAGAAGACAUUUUGCUUCCAUGGUGAGGUCAUCAAGUACCUUUGACCACUUUCAUGGGGAUAUUUUUUAAACUUAAAAAUGCCUUUCACUCAGCAAAUCAUUGAGCCAAAUCAAUGCCUAUUGUACUAUCUUUGUGCACUACUAAAACGUAUGCAAUUUCUUGUCAUUUACACUUGAGGUGAAUCAGAAUAUGUACAAAUUGUGUAGAUAUUAACUUCAAAGCAUCUGCUUUCUCUUUCUAAUGAAGUCAUUGGGAUAAUCCAAAUGUAAACAUCUGAAAUCUCUUUUAUAGGUACAUAAUAUAUGUAUGUAUAGUUCACAAAAAAUUCCAUGUGAUUCAACACAUCAUGGAUGAAUACAACCCAAGAGCAUUGUGUGAUCUUGUGAACAACAUGUCCUUGGUACAUCAGUG